AUGGAAAGGAUGCUCAAGAAUCAAGAGCAAUCCGACAAAGAGAGGCGAGAAAUGAAUCAAGUGGUAGCUUCUCAUACCACUUCAAUCAAGCAAAUUGAGACUCAAUUGGGUCAAAUAUCUUCUCAAUUGAAUGUGAGACCACAAGGAUCAUUUCCUAGUGACACAAUUCCAAAUCCAAAGAGAGAUGAGGGUAUAAAGCGAGUGUUUGCCAUUUUCACAAUGCGGAGCAAAAUUAUAAAGAAGAGAUCCAUUGUAGUUCAGGAUGAUGAUGACGAAGAGGAGUUGCCUCUCAAAUAUGCUUUUCCUAAGGUCAAGAGUCCCAAACUUCCUAAGGUGGCUCUUCCCAAGGUUAAGGAUCCUCCUAAAGUUGAUGAAGUUCCUAAGCAAGAUGGACCUCUCAUGGUCAAUGAGAGGCCCGAGGUGAUUGAAGUUCCCAAGUGUGCGUUGCCAAUAGUAAGUCCAAUUGUUGUUGAAGAGGAGAAAGAACCAAUCAAUGAGGCAAGCAAGGAGGCACCUAGAUUGUACAAGCAAUUACUGAGACCGCCUCCUCCGUUUCCACAAAUAUUUUCAAAGCAACAACAAGAAGGCCAAUUGCAAAAGUUCUAUGAUAUGUUGAAUCAAAUCACCAUCAGUGUACCUUUUGUGGAAGCUCUUGAAAAGAUGCCCGGUUAUGCUAAAUUCAUGAAGGACUUGGUCACUAAGAAGAAGAAUGUUAAUUUUGAGACCAUUAAGGUCACUCACCAAUGUAGUGCAAUCAUCUCACAAACAGGGGUUAAUAAGAUAGAAGAUCCCGGGGCUUUCACUAUUCCUUGUGCUAUUGGGUUGACAAGCUUCGCAAAAGUUUUGUGUGAUUUGGGGGCAAGUAUCAACUUGAUGCCUUAUACCAUUUUCAAGAAGUUGGGCUUGGGCGACCCAAGGCCUACAUCAAUGAAAUUAUUAACGACAGAUCGUACUUUGAAGAGACCACUUGGUGUGAUUGAUGAUAUUUUUGUCAAAGUGGAUAGAUUCUACUUCCCCGCGGAUUUUGUGAUUCUUGAUUGUGAAGUGGAUGUAGAAAUCCCGAUCAUUCUUGGCAGGCCUUUCUUGGCUACCGGGAGGGCCAUAUGUGAUGUUAAAGCUGGAGAGCUCAAAUUCCGGUUGAAUGAUGAAGAAGUGGUAUUCCACAUCCAAAAAUCAAUGAAGUAUCCACAUGACUAUGGAGUGAUAUCCGUGAUUGAUGUGGUCGAUGAAGUGGUAGAUAUGGAUACGCAAGAAAUUUGUAUGGAUGAAUCUUUGCAUGCGGUUCUACUCAAUUCGGAGAAUGAGGCAAUGGAUGGUUACAUUGAAGCCGUGAUGGCUUUGUAG